AUGUCUCCAACUACCUCGAAAGCUUCCAGCGAGGACAGGCGGUCUCAAUCCUGGGCGAAUGAAACCGAAAUUCAGAGAUCUCAAUCCCGACGCUCACAGCGAGAAGGAGCUGUGAAUAGUCUUGAUCACGUACAAAGCCAUGUUUCACAUCAUGAUAUGGUUGUCAACGAUGACUUCCAGGAGGUCAAUGCAGAGCAAUAUCUACGCUUUUCACCAGCACGCAAGGUCAUUAUCGUUGGGAUCCUUUCCUUCUGCUCUUUCCUGGCACCUAUCUCCUCUACCUCUAUCUUAGCUGGUAUACCUGAAGUUGCCAAGACCUAUAACACCACAGGAAGUGUGAUAAACGCGAGCAAUGCGUUAUAUAUGGCAUUCAUGGGCAUUGCGGCUCCCUUUUGGGGGCCCUUUAGUCAGGUCUGGGGGCGACGUCCGGUUUUCAUUGUGAGCGCAUUCUUAUUUUUCGCGUUUAGCAUCGGCACGGCACUAGCACCCAACCUCCCAGCGUAUUAUAUUUUCCGCGUCUUGACUGCAUUCCAAGGAACAUCUUUCUUGGUAGUUGGGAGCUCGGCGCUAGGUGAUGUAUACGAACCUCGAGCACGGGCAACAGCGUUGGGGUGGUUUUUGUCAGGAACCCUGGUUGGGCCAGCCUUUGGACCAUUCAUUGGCGGCGUGAUUGUCACCUUUCGCUCAUGGCGAGCGAUCUUCUGGCUCCAGGCUGCUCUUGGAGGCUGCGGCACGCUUCUUGUCUUCUUCUUUUUCCCCGAAACCUACCCGAAUUUGACUAAAGGCGACAUAGCCGACAAGACGACGUGGCAAAAAGCCAAAUAUCUUUGGCACCGGAUCUCUCCCCUCCAAGUUGCUAUCAUGCUAUUCAAAUUUCCCAACCUCUUCUGCACGGGUCUCGCUGCCGGCGCUCUCGUUUGGAACCAGUACUCUCUGUUGACUCCGAUUCGAUAUGUACUCAACCCACGCUUCCACCUCACUAGUCCUAUCGAGACGGGACUGUUUUAUAUCGCUCCAGGCUGUGGUUAUCUUGUUGGCACACUCAUGGGUGGAAGGUGGGCAGACCACACUGUGAAGAAAUGGAUUCGCAAGCGCGGUGGUGUCCGAGUCCCCGAAGACAGACUAAAAUCUUGUCUGAUAUUCUUGGGCGUCGUCAUCCCCGGCUGUAUUUUGAUCUACGGCUGGACGGUCGAUAAGGCUGUUGGUGGAAUUCCAGUCCCCGUACUUGCGAUGUUCUUCCAGGGAGUGGCGCAGCUGUUCUGCUUCCCUAGUCUCAAUACAUACAGCCUGGAUGUUAUGCAGUCAAGCGGCCGGAGUGCCGAAGUCGUUGCCGGUAGCUACCUAUCACGGUACGUGUUCGGUGCUCUGGGAUCUGGACUUGUUCUUCCAGCGAUAGAGAGCAUGGGAGUGGGGUGGUUUAGUACCAUCAGCGCCCUAUUUUUGGUUGUAUCCGGGGUCGGUGUAUGGCUCACGACUGUUUUCGGCGAUCAAUGGCGGGACAAGGUCGAAAAGAGGGACCAGCGUAAGGUUGAGGAGAGCACCGAGGAGAUACAGCAAGAAACGAAAAAGGCUGAGACAUGA